UCAAACAUGUCUUUCUCUGAACUCAAAGGCCUCAACUUCCACUUCCCUUCACACCAAACAGCAACCUUCUUCCACCUCGCCUUCAGCAAGUUCCCAGGCGAGUCUUACUUGACCCCCUCGGCCCACCCUUCCAAUUUCCUCACUUCCAACUCCACUUCAGACGAGGCUGUGGAACACCCGGUCCUCAACCUCGUCGUCGAGCGGCGGCAGAGGCGAAUGAUAUCUAAUCGUGAAUCUGCAAGACGGUCGAGGAUGCGAAAGAAAAGGCAACUCGAUGAGCUUUGUUUGCAAGUCGACCGCCUCCGUGCCGCCAACCGUCGGCUUCUUGAUGAGCAGAACCAGGUAAUGAAGCAACAUGAUGAGAUUUUGGAUGAGAAUGAUAAGCUUAGAGAGGAAGAAAGGGUGUUGAAGGAGAAGCUCAAGGAUUUGAUUGGUGAGAAUGGACAUAAUAUGGAGUUAAUGGAGGUUGAUGACGGCCCAUGCAACGUAGCUCAUAUGAGAAAAGAAGCUAUGAUGAUGAGUUCAUAUAUGGCUUCGCCCUUAGUUUUUCCUUAUUGAAAGAUUGAUCAAGUAGAAUGAUGAAUUCCUUGUUAGCAUCAUUGAUCUUGAGAUCCUAUUUAUAUUAAUUCCUUCUGUGGAAGCUUAAGUUAGCUUCAAUUAGUUGUCGAGUAAUGAAAACAUAAAGGAAUGUAAUCGCUGCUUAAUUAAUUGAUCGAGAGCAUGAAGUUUCUGCCAUUUGUGCU